AUGGAUCAUACAGCACCGCUGUUUGAGUGCUGUUCAAGUGCUGCUGCCUCUGCUGCCCCUGCUGCUUCUGCUGGUUCCACAGCACUCCCACAAGCCUGGAGCGGCCCGUAUGCCACAAACCGCGGUAUUGCGCCUCCCGCAGCGCCACAUGCAUAA